AUGACAUCGCUGGUAAUUUUCGCCUUGAUCAGUGUUUUUGCCACAGGCAAUGCCUUUUUCUUUGGAGAUCCCGAUUGGAACAACCUCAGAGUGACGUGGAGUUACAACCCGUUGGGUAAAAACGCGUUCAAUGCAAUGCCAAGAACGGUCGCGGAGGCAACAGCCCAAGGGUUCGUGAAAGAGUCGGAAUGUGGAGGUAAGAUCAUCAACAACAAUGCGGGUAUACAAGGAAACAGAUAUGUAAAGGGAAGAGAUUAUGCCCUGGUCCUAUUGUACGACAGGAAAGGAUACAUCGCUGGGAUCCAGAUAGGAGUACCUAAAAACGGCAGUGCUGGCUUCCCUCCCGUAAACCAGAUCAACCACCCAUUUGUGCCGAUAGCUAACAUGUACUUCGUGACUGCCUAUUUUACCAAUCCAGCCACCAUUUGCAGCACUGGAAGGACAGCUGCCAAGUACGCCGAGGAAGGUACCGGUGAUUCUCUAUACAUCCAAAACGGCACUGACGCUGUCGCCAACUCAAUAAAAAUACCAAUGGUCGAGACGGACGUUACUAGAACAACAAAGUGGACCAAAGGACAUUGUUUUGUCACUAUGGGUGUGCAUUACUGGUAUAACGUCAGAGCCGACAUGUCAUGUGACGAUUUCUUUCCUGUUUUCCUGCUGUACAAUAAUGGAAAGCUUAACGCAUUUGGCUGGGCUAUGGGUACCGCAAUGUCUUCACCUCGUAUGGAACAUCCAGACAGCAGCGUCAUUCAGAGCUUUAUAAAUCCCGUACCUCAGUGUUUGAUACGCAAAGAGCACUUGUCUACCAUGCACAUCUACAUGACCAACGUCCCACUGGCUGAUACAUGUUAG